ACUAGUAAAAAGAAAGCUAUCCGUCUGUAAACGAAGUUUUGAGGCCAACGAACGAAGACGCAUGCAUUGAAAGCUCCCUGAUAAUAAGAAUUGUUGAAAAAUGGCCAGCCUAGGAAGGUCGAUAAAGUUCCACCUUUUUAACUGUGAUAACACGUAUAGGUUGGACUCAGCAGAAACCUUGUUGCUCAAAAUGGCAGACGAUCUUAACCUUCGAAUAUCGAUGGACAGGCGAAAUUUUCGCCUUCAUGAAAUGCCGGAUGUAUCUGAAAACAUCAUUCCUCAGCUGCAGAUGGAUUAUGCUGUCCUUGUUGUCCAUGCUCAUGAAUCUCGUCUCUCUAUCAACGAAGACAACGCUGGUAUUGGCUACGCGAAGAUCUACAGAGCUCUGCUGCAAGCGACUGGAAACAAAGUCUUGAUCGUCAUCGGUGGCGAUGAUAAUUACAGAGAUCAAGACGAGAAAGAACAGGUUGUUAUCUCACGCUGGGCACGAAGGCAAGUGGCGUCACAGUUUGAUGCGGAGUAUCUAGAUGGAAGAAAAAGCUUCAUUUUUUCUUGGAAUAAAGCGCACAGAGAAAUCCACGAGGAGGCACUAAAGCACUACCUCGAUCCUAGUAAGAAAGAACAGAAGUUCCAGUAUGUGCCAAAACCUAAACCAAAAACAACACAAGACGAGGAAUCUGAAGAUGACAAGGAAUUUCCACGAAUAAGAGGAAGUGGGUCGCCACAAGAAGAACCUGUCGAUCCCAGACCAUACUAUCUUGAAGGUACCGUUCUGCUGGACACUGUCAUGCGCUUUGGAAGAAUAUCGUAUGAAGAGGAGGACGUCAAAGUAUGGGAUCAGAGAUGGGAGCCUUCUGGAAUGAUUGUUCGUCACCUGUCGAAAGACUGGAUGUUUAGACCUUAUGCGAAUAUUCGAUUUGUCGCUACAGCUGACGGAGGUGUCUCUUAUAAUGUGCGACCACAGAGUAUUGCUAUCUGGUUGAGUGCUGUAUUACUGGGUAUUUUGAAUUGGUUGUUUUCUGGGUUACAUUUCCAACUCUACCAGUCUUUGUUUGUGUUGUUACCCGUUUUGAAUUUUUGUGAGUUUUUUAAGUGGCUUAUAGAAGAGGUUAAAACGAUAGUCGAGCAAGUAAAAAACACAAUUACCCAAUCCAUAACCUGGCUUAUGGAUGUGGUUAAAGCAAGAGUAGAGCAAUUAUAUACAUAAAUAACCCAAUCAAUAAUCUGGUCGGUGGAAAGUGUAGGAAAUUAUGGACACAUUUUCUGUGCAUUACUUUUUGUGUGAUCUCGUGAGAUCGAUAUCUUGGUGAAUUAUUAUCCAUAGGUAGGGUUUGUAAACAGUUACAGAAUUUUGCAUGAAAAAAAAACAUGAUUCUUCUCUUAAGUACAAUGAUCUCUUUAUUUUGCUCCAAUACUUUUCAGACAAUCCUGAUUUACCCAAAAGGUGAUUCUCUUGGAGACGCGAGCUCGCGCCUUAACCUGUUUCUUGUGUUGUGUUCCUAAGUAAGACACUUUACUCUCCAGGUGCAUCCAAGCACACAGUAGAGAAAUCGAUUUUCCGCGAAACUGUCGGGGACCGAAACUGUUCUUAAUGCUAGGUAAUCUGUAAUGCACUGACCUUCUGCUCAUGGGGAAGUAAUAGCGCUCCUUGUUGUUUUCAAGGCAAGGAAACUCUGCCAGGAUAGGCUGCUCGCCACCCAAGUUGGCGAUACCUUUAACUUUUCGGUUUAUAAGGUUAAUCUUGUAGGAAACCUUUCGCAGUGUUUCUACGCAACUUUUAUAUGCGAUUGCCGGAGUAGUCGAUGCAAUUUUGUGAAUUAUUAUCUUUUGUCCCGCCUGAAUAUGAAACAUAUAUGCCUAAUUCUCAGAAACAGGUUUUGCGUUAGUUUAGGUAGAGUGGACAAGUCACAUAGUGUUAAUGAACAGUGUUUCAAGUUAUGUCGCUUGCGCUGGUAUUCAUGAUCAAUGCCAGCCGCCAUUAAUGUUGACUAUCUAGGUCGUGUCAAUGUAAGUAUUACCUUUCUGAUGUUUUUCUAUGAUAAUAAAGUGUCAUUUGGAACGAUAA